UGGAGGGCCAGUACCCGAGUGAGCUCUGACUCCGAGCGAGUCUAAACUCAACAAACACUACAUUCGGCAUUCGGCCGCGGACCGCCCCGGUCGAGCGAGCGUGUGUUUCGUCAGUUAAGAUUUAAUAUUCACAACCUACAUCAACAUAAUCGCCAUUGUACCCAGCAUUAACAAAGUUACCUAUCGCCAUCACACCCUAACAUGAUAGGUGAAGAGGAACGAGUACACCAGUGCGGAGAAUGUGGUUUGUCACUUUCCACUCGGAGUGCAUUAACUGCACAUGCACGCUCGCACCGUGUUACUGCCGAUGCACAUCGUUGCGACGUUUGCCACAAAACUUUCGCCGUGCCUGCACGACUUGUGCGUCAUUAUCGGACCCACACUGGUGAACGACCUUUUGAAUGCGAAUAUUGUCACAAGAUGUUUAGCGUCAAAGAAAAUCUCCAAGUACACAGACGUAUUCAUACCAAGGAAAGACCAUACCGGUGCACAGUAUGCCCAGCAGCUUUUGAACAUUCUGGAAAACUUCAUCGUCAUGCCCGUAUUCAUACUGGUGAGCGACCGCACGCUUGCCCCCAUUGCCACAAAACCUUCAUCCAGUCUGGUCAGUUGGUAAUCCAUUUGCGCACUCAUACCGGCGAGAAGCCUUACCGCUGCCCAGCUAUUGGCUGUGGCAAAGGUUUCACUUGUUCAAAGCAGCUGAAAGUUCACUCGCGAACUCACACUGGAGAAAGACCUUAUACUUGCGAUAUUUGUCUUCGCGACUUUGGCUACAAUCAUGUCUUAAAAUUACAUCGUUUUCAACAUUACGGCGAGCGAUGCUACCGUUGCACUGUUUGUGAUGAAACUUUUAAUACCAAGAAACAAAUGGAGGCUCACAUUUACAAAGAACACGGGCCAGAAGCUCCGCGUGCGCCGACUAUGCCAACAUCAGGACCUUUAAUUGUUGAAAAUGGAAAUAUUGUUUGUAACAUUGUGGAGGCGGCUUUGCCACAAUUACCUCUUACACCACCGAGCUCGCCACCAUCACCCCAAAGCGGUUCUGUUUCCACUGUUAAUGUAAUAGGCCAAUCCAUACCUUCGCCACCAGCUCCUCCUUCGCCCCCUAUGACAAAUUUACAAUAUACUCUGGCACCGUCUUCUUUACCACCUCGAAAACGUAAAUUAAUUACUCACGUUGAAUCUGUCGCAGAACCUAUUGUACGCCAUACAUCAGUAAUUCAAUUUGCUCCUGCUGCAGUUGAUUCUUAGAGCAUUCGCUAAAAAACUAAGAAUUAACUGAAAUGUUUCUUCGAAUGUAGGUAUGUACCUUGUAUUGUAGAUGCUUUUCCAUUUAAAUAGGUAUUGUAUGUCGACUGAGUUUGUAGCAGUGUUGUAUUGUGGUGUUAAGGUGUAAACGUGAUUUAUAUUUGAUUAGGUAUCUAUUUGUAGAACAUUGUAUUUCAUGAUUGGUAUCUCAAAACUAAGAAUGUUAGUUGUAAGCAAAAGAAAAGACUAAUAAAUAUAAUUAACAAAUGUAGCUGAUUAAAGAAUGCAUUUGUGCCGUCAUUAGUGUAAGCUGUUUUUUGUAUUUAUCUACCAUUGUGUUAGUCUUAUUAUAUUAUCGUCUACUUAUAUAGAUUUUGUGUUUUUUUUAUAA